UUAAAAUGACUCAGAUUUUCGUAACUAAACAUAACUGGCACGGAAAACCGUAGGAUGAUGAUUUCUAUUUAAUAUAAUAAAUUAAUUUUAGAGUCUCAUAAAAGUCAAACGAAGAAAUAAUCUUAAUUUCUGACAAAAACACGUCAGGAAGGAAUUCGUCAUGACAUGACAUCCAAGUAAAAAGAAAUAUGAAGAACUAAAGCCAUGGACAAAAAAGUUGCAAGAUGGAGAACUUACGAGCCAAGUGUUUGCCAAAUCCGUUUUCAUCUCGACCAGUCAAUGGAGUACAAAGCUGUGAAAUAUGGACAGACAGCAAGAAAAAUAUGAGUGAUGAGGAUGAUAAACCCAGCAUUCUCACCCAUGGUCUUCUUCACGUUCUGCACCUCUCCUUAAAAGAUGAUGUGUGUCAUAUGACCUGUGCUGAGGGUGCAGCGGGCUUUGCUAGUCUCCACAGCAGCAGCCAUGUGCAGUUUUAUUAUCCUGAUGGCCGCCUUAGGGGUCCAUUUUGUAACCCAUCCCUCAUAUUCACUGGCCUAACCUUCACUCACAUCCCAGGCAGACUUGUUGGCUGGGGUCCUGGGCCCAUUCUUACUCUACUAGAUGCAGAACUAAAACCCAUUGCUCAUGCUGCGGAGCCCCUGGAUGUGAGAGUUUGCAAGGUUUUAGAGCAGUCUAAUGAACUAAUCUCAGGUGGGAUGGGAAACAUAUGUGUUUGGUGCCUCACAUGCAUGGUGUCUCGCAAACGAGUGGUGGAGGGUUUGGGGACACACAUUGUAGUUACACAACUAGCACUGGUUCCAAGUAGGGCUCAGUGGGGUCCUAGGAUACUGGCUGCAUAUGGAGGAGCUGUGGUUGUGGUGGAUCUUGCGGAGGGAUGCGUCGUGGAGCACCAAAAGAGCCUGCAUUUAAGGGAAAUCACAGGUUUGGUCUACUGCCCCUUUACAGAUAAUGUAGUCACUGCAUCAGACACAACAAUCAAAGUCUGGGGACCAGACUGGGAGCUUCAAAUGACCUUUGUAGGACACACUGAUCAUAUUACCUCUCUAGUUCUUUGUCCUGUCUCUGGCAUGUUGCUGUCAUCUUCUCUUGAUGGUACUUUAAGAUGCUGGAGAAUAGAAGUUGGAGACCAGGUCCAGGCUGUAUCUAUUCCUGAAGGCUCUAUGCCUCCCAUGGCCAUGGGUGGCCCAGACAGUGCUGGCACCUUUUUCUCAUACUCCUCAAACAGUGUGGAUCUCUGGAGGUUCAACUGCCUCUACCAUCUGCACUGCAGACUGGAUGAAACCCUGGGAGGAUGUAUCCAUCAUAUCUCCAUCCCACCAUGCCCCUCUUCCUUUCCAGAAUGUGUAGUUUGUAUCCAUGGAAACAGCAAUGUGACAGUAUUUGCGACACAGACAGGUUCAGUGCUCGCAAGAUUCCAGGCCAAGGAAAGAAUAAGGUGUGCCGAUUAUUGUGUGCCUAAGGAAAUUUUAUUAGUCUUAACUGAGGACGGGGUGGUGACUACUUUAAGUACAUUGACCAGUCCAGUAACUACCCUGGAUGAGUGGCACCGGAUAGAGCAAUGGGACUGGUUGGGUGGACAAGUGAAGGCAAAUAUAGGCAAGGUAUGCUGCAUGGUAUUAUACAGUAAGAGUACAGAUGCACAGGAAGAAUGGAAAUCUUUGCAAAUCAAUGCAAAAAACAGAUUUCUAGUCAUGCUGGGGCAUUGUGGUGGUUCUGUGUCUGUGCUCAAUAUGCAUUCGGGCAAAGUCUUGUACAGAAUCUCUGCUCAUAACAACCAAGAUAUCACCAGCAUACAGGCUUAUCCUGACAAUGGUUACCUACUGACUACAGGUGAAGAUAAGGCUCUGCUUGUUUGGAGUGUGUCCCCAUCUGCACAGCAGUGUUUAAGCCUCCAUUUUAGUGUGUGUUGUGAUCUGCCUCCUCUUCGGUCAGCACUGAUGGGAACUCAGCUCAUCAUUGUCUUACAAGAUCCAGAGAAUGACAUCUAUAGGCUGGUGCAAUACAGCUUAGAUAGCCAGAGCCGAUCUGAAAGCACACCUAAUGAAGACCAUCUUAAUAAAAUCACAGGUCUUUGUGCAUGUCAUCAGUUGAAUGUGUUUGCUUCAAGUAGUCAAGAUGGAACUGUACGGAUCUGGGAUAAGCAAAAUCGCCUUCUCGGGAUUCUUGAGCUGAAUGCAGAGCCUGAGUGUUUGGCAUACUGUCAAAAAACUGGAGACCAACUUUUAGGUAUCACUGGAGAUCUCUACAGAAUCCCCUGCGCGCAGCUACUACCACAGAAAGGUGAUAAAGACUUUGAACCACUCAAGUCCUGGUUCCCAACCACGAGCUGCAAAUGCAGCAGAGAGAGUUGUCAUGUUGCUAAAGAGGAGAGUCCAGAAAUGCUCAGUCCCAAAAAGGACACAGACUUUGAGGCACUUAUGGCAAGACAUAAAGAUCUGGAAUCCUUGCUGAAAGGAGAGGUUGAGUGCAAGAGGAGAAAAACAGCCAGUAUGCAAACCAAACAAGAGGCGUUCAAUAACUACAUGCGUCUACUGUACAUGAAACCCCCUGAUAUAAAAAUUCCAAAAGAAGACUUGUUUGAUGUGAAUGCUGAACUAUUUCCACCUAAACUUGCUGAGCCCUGUCCCCUGACCACUCCAUCAUUUACAGAGGGCUUCUUCCCCAACCACAGCUUGGCUAAGAGACUAAAUUCCCCUUAUAAACAGGCCUCGCUAGGUUUCAUUCCCAACUCUGUGGUUAUAGCACGACUAUGGCCUGAUAUUAAGGUGGAGAAAGUCACUCCACGUACAAACCGCUGGAGAACUUACCAUGACUCAGGACAUGAGAGAGAAAACAAACCAGAUGAAGUGUAUAAUGAAGAGGAGAAGGAGGAGGAAACGCCCAACAUGCAUCUUACACCCACCAUAGAAACUCCACCUAAAAUGGAGAGUCUUCAUUCACCCCCACCAGUGGUAGAGAAAGUCAUAUACCUCUUCAGUCCACCAAAGCCCCUUCCCCCAAUAAAGCUCCCUACACCUCCUCCUGCCCCACUUUCACCCAUCCCUGUCCCACCUUCACCCACCCCUAUACCCCCCUCACCUGUCCCUGCAUCACCACCUAAACGGACCACACCUUUACCCCUUCUACCUCCCUCCUUACAUCUGCCAGAGUUCCUCAUGCAGUUUGUGAACGAGCAGUGGUUUCAGAGGAUGUUUCCUGAUCUGACUUGUAUCUCAAGUUCUCUAAACCCCAAGGACUUCUGUGUGCAUUUGCUGGACUUCAUGAUCCAAUGCAGCAUGGCUCAGAAGAAAAGCAUUCUGAAUGCACUACUUUUGCUAAUACAACAGGAGGUGUUAAGCAAAGAGUCCCUUAGCAAAGGAUUAUUGGUUUGCCUGCAAAACUGCAUUCACACAAACAUGUCAAGGGAGGAUCAGCAUUUUGUUGGUGAGCUGCUGAAUUUGUGGUUGUAUGUGAGUCCGGACAGCUUUGACACGGUUGUGGAACUACUCGCUAUAUUAGCAGAUAAAAGAGUUGAUCUUCAGGGUUUAGUUUUGUGUGUGCUGCAGAGGUUGGGUGUGGAUGAAGCCGAACUGUGGCUAUGUCCAGAACUUGAACCUUGGAGCUCUCUGAUCAAAGAUGACCCUAAGCAGCACCAGAGCCUUCGAGACAUGGCCACACACUGGCUUUCUACAUGGACAAGAAAGUACAAGGUGCACACCGGGUCAGUGUUCCUCCACAGUAAAGGAAAAAAUACUGUGAUCACUCCUGUAGAGGUGCUCCAAUAUUUCUGUUCUGUACAAAGAAGCAAACAGGCUCGGCCACCCCCACCUCCACCUGAGGGAAGGAAAGACACUGUCUUGGUGGAUUCUGGCUUACCUAGACUGAAGCAUAUACAGCGCCUGGGAGAGACAUACAGUAUGUCUAGGAUAAGGGAGCCUCAAGGACUUCUGCUGCCACCAUUGCCAUAUCGACCAGAGUUGAUGGGUUUCACACGGUUUCUCUCUCUUCCAAUGGCAUAUGUCACACUUUCUCCAUUUCCCCUUUCUUUGGACUUUCGCUACUCAAAGAAACCUUCCCAACACAAAUACUUUUUCCUGGAACGCUCUUACGUACAUUAUUACAGAUAAAAAAUGUAUAACAUGAUAAUAAUGACAUAAAGGAACUCUCAGCUGAAAUAUGCUUCUGCCCGUCAUGUUGCUGGUAGAUAAAACACAUUCAUGGUGCACAAUAACAUCAAGACUUCUCCACUGCUGUCUGAUACAUGUUGAUCAAGUUAUUUUGUGUAUUUGGUAAUACAAUGUGUUUGCGUGGUUUAUGGUUUAAAAAACAGAUUAUUUACCAUACAUUUUUAUAGCUCCAGAUAUACUGUCCUCCUGAAAGGCACUGAUUUUGUACAAAACUUGUUCACUUUGUCUCUAAUUGGCCAGCUAAUCUGUACAUUGUGAUUGGCCUGAUAUGUGACGCACCUUACCAUGUUUGAAAGGUUCAGUCACAAUGCAAUGCUAACAGAAGUUAACUUACAGGCUGAGUCGAAGCGGGAGGAAUUAAGAUAAUGUGGGUCUGGUGUACAUCAACAAGCCCAUGAAGUAAACUGUUGCCUCCAAUCUGUGUGUUUUUUGUAGUCCAAGAAAAGAAAUUUACGUUGGAAAAGAUGACUUGUGUCAUCGUUUACUUUAAACCUUUUGCAUAUGGUUAACAUGUACUAAUACAAACUUACACAUCAGAGGAAAUGUAAAAUCGGGCCAUAUGAGCUCUUUAAAAUAAAAUAAAAGGAGAGGCUCAUCAUAGCCUAAGAAACUGGAUCCCAAUUUCUCUUUUGUGCCUCUUGGUGACAAACUAGCUUUAAUUGUCAUGACACACAAAACCGUUUUAUUUAUUUGGUUUUCAAAUGAGAGUUAUGUAAUCUGUUGGAAAAGGCAGGGUAUUAACUACAUGCUCGUAUUUUUCUAUUUUGCAUAAGAUUUCUAAAAAUGGCACACACAAGCAAGCAUAA